AUGAUGAUGAUAAGGCAAUUCUAUCGACCAUCAUCGUCUUCACACUCCCUCUCUCUCACCACUCACACCACCAUGCUUUCUCUCACGGCGACCACUCUCAAAUCCUCAAUCUUCUCUCCUUUCAGAGCCACCCAUGGAUUAUCCUCUCACUCCAUUACCCGACCCGUUAAUCCGAAACAGUUCACCAUCAACGCCUCCCUGAUACCCGCUUCCAGCCGACAAGCCCCGGCCAAGCAACAGCUCUACCAGCCUUUCCGUCCUCCUCCGUCUCCGAUUCCUCCCAAAUUUCGAUCCCUCGACGCCGCCGGAAAAAUCGAAGUCCUCGCCGAUCGAUUGGGUCUCUGGUUCGAAUACGCUCCACUCAUUUCCUCCCUCUACACCGAAGGCUUCACUCCUCCCACAAUCGAGGAGCUCACCGGAAUCUCCGGCGUCGAACAGAAUUGCCUCAUCGUCGGCGCACAGGUCCGCGACUCUCUGGUCCAAUCCGGCGCCAAUCCGGAGCUGAUCGCCGCGUUCGACACCGGAGGCGCCGAGCUUCUCUACGAGAUCCGUCUCCUCAGCGCAGUCCAGCGUAUCGCCGCCGCUGAAUACAUCGUCGAGAAGGGAUUCGAUACUAAAGGAGCUCAAGAUCUCGCGCGAGCGAUUAAGGAUUAUCCUCACCGUCGUGGAGACGUUGGGUUUGGAGAUUUCGAUUACUAUUUACCAGGAGAUUGUCUCGCCUUCAUGCUUUACAGGAAAAGCAGAGAACACAAAACGACGUCGGAGCUUAGAACCACAUUGCUUGAACAAGCUCUUGACGUGGCUGUAACAGAGAAGGCCAAGAAGGCUGUGAGUCGGGAGCUACAUGGAGAGACUAAGGAGGAGAGAGCGAAAGAAGAGGAAAUCAAAAUCAUUCGUGUUCCUGUGGUGAGGUUGAGGUUUGGAGAAGUAGCGGGAGCGAGUUCUGUUGUUGUUUUACCUGUUUGCAGAGCGGAGGAAGGAGAAGAGAUGGUGAACGAAGCUCCGAUGGAGUUUGAAGCAGGAGGAGAGUUUGGUGUGGUGGAAGCUGAGAAAGAAUGGAGUCGAUGGGUGGUUUUACCGGGUUGGGAUCCGGUGGUGGCGGUUAGGAAAGGGGGAGUGGCGGUUUCGUUUAGAGAUGAUAGGAAAAUGUUGCCGUGGAACGGGAAAGGAGAAGGGAUCAUGGUUGUGAUGGAUAGAGAGAAGAAGACGGUGGAAGCUGAAGAUGGAUACUAUCUGGUUGUGACUGAAAGUGGGAUGAAAAUGGAUAGAGGAUCGGUGUUGAAGGAGAGAGGAGUGGAAGAGAGUUUAGGGACGGUUGUUUUGGUAGUGAGGCCGCCGAGAGAUGACGAUGAUGAUUUUCAGAUAAAUGAUGAAGAUUGGGAUUAG